UGCAAUUUAAUUGUUGGUGCCUGGUGGUUUCCUUCUUAAUUCAAGUUUUACCUUUAUUAUUUUUGGUAACUUUUAGCCCUUAUUUCAGCAGAAGAUUCGGCCAUAUUUUUUACCUCCUCCCCACGCGUGCAGCAUCCCUUCACAUCGAACAACACCAAGCCAAAGCCGUCAGCUUUCGCCGAGCCUUUUUCCGACCUCCUUUCUCCGUUUGGUUCGUAGAUUCGCGAAGGAGGAUUCUAUGGCUGUAGAGGAUCCGACAGCCGAUUUCUCAGAUUCGUCACUUGAUUUGGAUUCUUCUGAGAGAAAAUAUGUCGAGGAUGAGGAUGGGGAAGAUUUUGAGCCGGAAUCCCUUGGUGUCCCCUUCUACUUCCAACCUUUGAACCCCCAUGCAUUUGAUAUAUUUUAUGAGACACCCGGCAUGGAUGUAUUGUCUGCAAAAGUAUUCAAAAGUCUCCCAGAGCUUAAGGAGAUGGUGUUGGACAUUCGAGAACGUCUCAACGGUGUUUUAAAUAGUGAUGUGGAUGUGCAGGCUUUUGAAGCAAAAGUAAAAGAACUUUUCAACAGACCGGAUUUCUUAGAGGUAGUUGAUGAGUCCACCCAGAAGAGUCAAUUUUUGGUUGUUCCUUUAGAAGAAUAUGCCAGAACAAAAGACGCCCAAGAUCGAAUGCUUGAUGUUAAGCACGAUCCAUCUUUCCAGCCAUUUUUAGGAUGGACGGAACCCCUUGAUGUUAUCAGGGGAACGUUGUGCAUCCUGUUCGGGUACUGGAAUGAUAAGGAGUUUGAUCGUAUAUUGACUGAGACAAGAGACGAAUCUUGUAGACUUAGAAUGGCUGCCAAAGAGCGUGCUUGGACUCGGAUUGAAUGGAUUACGAAUAUACAUUACCCAGCUAAUCUUAAUGGCCUGAAACAAGCGUUGGCCGACAAAUGCGGUGAAGAGUCUCAUUUUUAUAAGACUGCUGUUAAGACGAUUGAGGGAAACAAAGCUUAUUUUGAGAAGAGGGUCACCCCAUCCAUUCACUUGUUAGAUAGUGCUGCAAAGGGCCAUGAGAUUGUCACCAUGCUAGUGAAGUGGUGUGAUGAUGACAUCUUUUAUUUGUUUGAUACUUGUAUUAGAGUGAUCUCUUAGUUUAUGGUUAUGUUUUUAAAACUGCCAACUUGAUGUCUGUAAAUAUCCUACAGUGGUCCUACUUUAUAUUUUUGUGCUUAUUGUUCUCUGGAUCCUGAUACUGAAUAUGAUGAAUUUUGUGCCCACACUUGAAAGAGCAAUUUUAAUAUUUUAUGUUAUGGUGAUAUAUGCAGAUUGUCG